CUAAACUUACCCUUCCAUUCCCCCGCCUGUAGCCGCUCCUAGACGCAGCCCAUGGGUUCCGCUUGUGUCGUCAUCAACAGCUAUGAGCUCACCCUCUCUCCAUGUCUAACUGCUCUCACUGUGUCUAUGCAGGUGCUGUGUUCCAGCCAGCGCGACUUCUCCUGAGCACUACCACGGGUUGCCACGGGUCAGACGGUGCCACAGUCCGCGUGGAGCGUAGGGUGCACAAGCGUAUGGGCCCCCACUUUUAGGGCUUCCCCUCCGACAUCAAGCAGCACGCAGUGGACACUACUCCGGCUAUCCCGCUCAGUUGAAUGCGCGUCGUCGUGGUAAGAACGUCGCUCGCCCUACAGUUUGACACGCACACACACAGACACGCAGUUUGACAGCCACCUGCUUUAAAACUGUAAGCAGUGGAGGAGAAGCUGCAGGCAGCACCAGCAGCAGCUUCCGUUUCUUGUGGAUUAUUCUUGAGCUUUAUUUUGUGGAUUGCUGCGAUAUCAUCAGCUUCUCCUGUUAUUGUUGUUGUUGCUGUACAGUUUUCCGCUGCGGAAUUUGUUGAGGCGGAAAAGCGAGAGAGAGAGCGAGAGCGAGAGAGGUGGCAAAAGGUAGAACAGGAAGCCCUCAAAGUGUCAACGAAAAUCGUUAAAAAAAAUAGAAAAAAAAACACACACAUUGCGACUAUGUCAAGAGUCGCUUGAGGACCGAGCACCGAGAGCCAGCGGACACGGCAGGCACAGGCAGAAGGCAGCCCGAAGGCGACACCACGGCAGACAUUCCGAACCCACUCAGGAUUCGCAUGGACAAAGGCACAAUGAAGCGCAAGCAGAGGAGAUACAGAACCACCUUCAAUACGUUGCAGCUGCAGGAACUGGAGCGUGCCUUUCAGCGCACCCACUAUCCGGAUGUUUUCUUUCGUGAGGAGCUCGCCGUGCGCAUUGAUCUGACGGAGGCGCGUGUCCAGGUGUGGUUCCAGAAUCGUCGUGCCAAGUGGCGCAAGCAGGAGAAGAUUGGCGGCAGCCUGGGCGACUACAAGGAUGGAGCACUCGAUCUGGAUGUGGCCUACGAUGAUAGUGCAGCGGUUCUGGGUCAAUUGGACAGCGCAUUGGUUGCUGGCGGCACACUGCUGCCGGACACACCGCCGCAGUCAUCCAAUUCGCUGGACAAUGAGCUGAAGGCGCCCUAUGGCACGGGCGCUCUGUCGCCGUCGCGGCUUUCGCCCAAUAUUUUCCUCAAUCUGAACAUCGAUCACUUGGGCCUGGAACGUGGUGGCAGUGGCUUGUCCAUGGAGUGGUCCACCUAUCCGCCGCAACAGCAGACGCAAACGCAGCCACAGCUGGACAACGAGCAACAGCAGCAACAGCAGCAUCAGCACCCGCCUCAGCAGCAUCAACAUCAUCAUCAUGAACAGCACCACCAACAGCAGCAGCAGGAUCAGCAUGAGGGUCUGGAGUUUGCUGCCUGCUCACUGGACCUGGACAUGGCUGAUGGCUCCUCCGCCUAUGAUGAGAUGAAGUUCCUCAGCGUGGAUCAGUUCACCAUUGACAGCUUCAAGGCGGACUGCAUACUCAGCAUGGAGCAGUCACCGCUGCCGCUGCCACAUAUCGCGCCCUAUGUGAGUCACGCGCCGCCACAUCUCAGCAGCGGCGAUUCCAAUGGGCUGCAAUCGCUUUGCCUGGAUGGCAUUGGUUCGAGCAGUGGCCUGGGCAUGGCCUCGUUCGGGGGCGGCCUCUCCUGUUCGCUGCUCUCCCAGCAAAUUAGUGACGGGGAUGCCAUGCCCAAGGGUUCAACGCCGCCCUCGCUGCUGGUGCUGGACAAGACGCUGCCCUCGCUGGGCAUUGGUGUGGAGGGCAUUGCCGAGCUGGUCGAGCAGCUGCAUCAGCAUCAACAUCAUCAUCAUCAGCAGCAUCAACAUCAUCAUCAUCAGCAUGAGGCGGGUGCCAGCGAUAUUCUGUGAAUCAAAAUUUAGACGAAUCAAAAUGUUAGCUAAAAUAAUUUUUAACUUUAAAUUAAACUUGCGCUUCGAGGAGGAGUGGAGUCAGCUCUAGUUCUAGUUCUACUUCUAGUUAUAUUCUUGUUUUCUAGUCAAUGUUUUAGUCUUCUAAGUCAAAACCCCAAAGGUACAGGCGCUGAACUCAUCAGAUUCAAGGUACAACUUUUUGGAAAACUAAAACUUUUUGUAGCAAAAAUAUGAAUAAUAUUUGCACCAAUAUUUAGGUAAUAUUUGUACCAAUAUUUAGGCAACUUUUUCGAGUGUACAAUCCACCUGC